AUGGACACCUCAAAGUUUGACGUCCUAAUUAUUGGUGCAGGCCCCGCAGGGCUGAUGGCCGGUACUUGGAUGGCACAGACUGGAGUGAAAGCAAUGAUAAUUGAUCAAAAGUCAUGUAGGACUCAGACUGGUCAUGCAGAUGGAAUAGAAAGCCGGACAUUGGAGAUACUCGACAGUUUCGGUAUAGGUGAAUAUGUCUGGAAGAAAGCUAACCGCACAGUUGAACUGUCCCUAUGGAACGAGACCAGAGAUAAGAAGAUCGAAAGAGAGGGCCUUUUGACCAACUGCAACCCUGGGCUCUCUCGGUAUCAGGAAUCCACCCUGGGGCAAGGCGAAAUCGAGCAGCACUUUUUGGACUUUAUCCAGUCUCAUGAGUGUGUUGAAGUCGAGUGGAACACCUUCCCUAUAGAUUUGAACAUUUCGCAGAGGGAUUCAUCUCAUCCUGUGGAACUCAGAAUCCAAACGAAGAUAUCAGAUUCGAAGUUCACUGAGAGGACGAUUAACGCGAAGUAUCUUGUCGGUUGCGAUGGGGCGCACAGUUGGGUCCGGAUGCAUCUAGGGCUCACGCAAGAGGGAGAUCGCAUGAACGAGAAUUGGGGAGUGUUCGAUUCGAUCCCUCUCACUGACUUCCCCGACAUCCGCAAACGAUGCAUUGUCAAGACGGAGGCUGGUCAUCUAAUGGUGAUUCCUCGAGAGAGGAGACUGGUCAGAUGCUAUGUUCAGCUGCCACCAGGCAUUGCUGCAGGUUCCAAUAUGAACUAUAAUCCAGAAAUCCUGGUGAAACUUGUUCAGAAGAUCCUGUACCCGUAUAGGUUCGAUGCCUCUCAAAUUGAAUGGUCAACUAUAUACACUGUUGGUCAGCGUGUGUGCCAGACUCUCUCAAUGUAUAAUCGGAUUUUUAUUGCCGGCGAUGCAGUACAUACACAUUCGCCCAAGGCAGGCCAGGGAAUGAAUGUCAGCAUCCAAGAUACGUAUAAUCUGGGCUGGAAAUUGGCCUCGGUUAUCAAGGGAAAGGCCCACCCUAGGAUUUUGCGCACAUACCAGGAAGAACGCCUCACUAUUGCAAUGCGGCUCAUCGCGUUUGACAAGCGGAUGGUCGAGGGAGUUUGUUUGAAAGACAAAUUUAACGACCAGGACACAUCGUCUAGACUCAGAUCGCUCAAAGCUACACUUCGAGAGGAGAAUACGUCAGCAUCGGGCUUGUCUGCCUGUUAUCGACCUAGCAUUCUUGUCACGCCAGCGUGGGAUUGCAGGUCACCAUCAAACCGCAGAAUAUCGAGCCCUUUACUGCCCCAUAGCCGGGCCGAGCUUGCUGCAGGUCUCGCUCUCGGAGUCAGAUUCCCCAGCGCGCAGGUUUUGUGUCAGAGUGACUCUCGGCCAUGGCACUUACAACAACUUUUCCAAAGCACUGGGCAAUGGAAUCUAGUUAUAUUCGGUGGAGAUAUCACUAACAGCGCUCAGAUGGAUCGUGUGCAGAACUUGGGAAAAGCGCUUUCGCGAGAUGGUUCUGUGAUUCACAGGAUUAACCAAGAAGGUGAUGGUUUGGUAGGGAAAGUUGCAGCAUACUUGAUUCACAGCUCAUCAAGGAGUAAGCUCGAAUGGACGAGCUUGCCGGAGGCCUUCAGACCAUUCGACAAUACCACUGGAUAUGACUACUGGAAAGUCUUCGCAGAUAACCAGCCACAUUGCGAGGGACGCGGGCGCGCUUAUCGGUUCUAUGGUAUUAGUGCCAAAGGCUGUCUGGUGUUGUUACGUCCCGACCAACAUGUGGCCUUCAUUGCGUCCCUAGAGGACUUGGGUGGCGUUGAGAUGUUUCUGGCAAAUUUUGCCUCCGUCGCCGCAUACAAGGAGAGCAGAGCGUAA